UUUGAUGUCUGUUUCCAUUUUCAACACUUAAUCUAAUACUAGAAGCUCUCAAUGAAUAUUUAUUAGUUUCUAAGGAUGAUUAGAUUUUUAGCAUUGGUAUAUCAUAAAUGGUCUGGGGCUCUCUUUAAACCUCAUUUAGAUUAUAACUAAUUAAGCUGUUAAAAUUUGAGAGUAAUAUUUCCAUCAAAUUUAAUCCUAGUAUAUGUACAUAUUUGUAUACCCAUAUAUACAUUUAUCAGAAUAUACAUAGAGCCACAAUUACAUCUGAUGGUUGUGCUAUGUUGAUGUACUACAGCUCACUUUACAAAGGCAAACAUUAUAGUGGGUUCUAGGACACCUGUGUUCACAAGAUCAGUUCUCUGAAACUAUAUUUGGAUGUACAAGCUAUUAAAAGCUUCUUGUACUGAGUGACCUUUGAGGCAGAAUUCAGAUCAAAUAGUCACACAAGCUGCUGCUUGUUGCUGAGUGGAAGACAGCAGAAACCCCUCCAUUAGGUUUUUAUUUUCCUUGUUUUGUUUCCUUUCAUUUUGCCUUAAGAAGAUGAACAAUGAAACCACAACCCUGAUAUCCUUGAAGGAGGCAAUGAAAAGAGUAGACCACAAACUCCAAGUUUUAGAAGCACAGUUUAAAGAACUGGACUUCACCAAGGAUAGCCUGACACAGAAAUUUGAACAUCAUAGCAAGGCUUUGGCAAACCAGGCGGCCCACGAUGAACUGUGGACAGCAGUGCUGGCACUCAAAUUCACUUCAAUGGAACUGAGUAUUUUAUAUAGCUACGUCAUGGAAGUACUCAUCUGCUUGCACACUCGUGUGCUUGAGAAGCUGCCAGACCUGGUGAGAGGUCUUCCCACCUUAGCCUCUGUCCUAAGACGAAAAGUCAAGAACCAGCGUAUUAGAGGUGUUUGGGAGUCUGUCCUGGAGGAAAGUGGGCUGGAAGAAGGUGAUAUCAUAGCACUUUGUACCUUCUUUAUUGCAUAUGGUAACAAGGCAGAAUACUAUGUUGCUAAAGUGAGGCAGAUGUAUAUCAAAGAUGUCACUUUCCUGAUCACUAACAUGGUAAAGAACCAGGCUCUGCAGGAUGGUUUGCUCAGGGCUGUGCAGGUCAUUGAGAAGGGAAAAGCAGUGAAGGCCCCUGAAAACCAAAAGUCCCCCCUAAAAGAGUUGAUGCCAUUAGCCAGAAACUAACUUUACUCUAUGACCAAGGGAUUCUACUUCUAGUAGUUUAUCUCACAAAAAUGGGGGGGGGGGUAGGAAACGUAUGUACAAUUUAUCAUACACCUAUUUUUAUAGCAAAAGUGAGGGGAACCUUAAACAAAAUAUGAUAAAUUGAUACAAUGGAUACUUUUUGUGUAAGAGAAUGAAGAAGCUCUUUGCGUAACUGCACAAUGAUACAGAGCUACCACCAAGAUGUGUUGUUUUAAAAGAUUUCCUAUAUAUUGUUAAGUGGAGGGAAAAAAGGGCAAAAAUCAAUAUCUACACACACACAUAUACAAGCUAAUAUACCCAUAAACUUCAUACACUUCUUCUGGAGAGAUAGAAAGUGGUAACUUUGGCUGUCUCAGGGAAAAAACAAAGAGGCUAGGGGUCAAAGGUAGGAGGAAUUCUUUUCACUGUUAAAGAAUGUACUGUUUUGUACAUUUUGAAUUUUGAACCAUAUGAAUGCACAGUAUAUUAAAAGACAAACCAAUACAAACACCUAA